UCCAUUAGUUGAAAACUCUCGAAUCGCCCUGCGUUUUGAGUCUUCAAAUACUAGGCGGUUAUAUACAAACAGAGCAUGAAAGCUGGAAAAUGAAGUUGAGAUGUUGUUCAAUACUGGUACCAGUACGUAGAUUUCAUUGUCAAGAAUUACCACAUACCUCAAAAAUUCUCUCCCACCAGCGGCUUCUCACCCUCCUCUCUUCGUGCAAAGACCUCUGCUCUCUUCUCCAACUUCACGCUCGUCUAAUCACCUCUGGCUUUACUUUCAACACUUCCACCACUACCCUUCUCAUCAAUUUGUACUCUUCCUUCCAAAAAUGCGCCUUUUCUCGUUCCCUCUUCGAUUCUUCACCCAACCCACCUGUGAUUCUCUGGAAUUCAAUGAUCAGAGCUUACGUCAGAGUCAAUCAGCACGAAGAAGCUCUCAAACUGUACGUUUCAAUGUUGGAAAAGUCUAUUCAGCCGGAUAAGUAUACCUUCACUUUUGUGCUGAAAGCUUGCACUGCUAUGUCUGAUUUUGAACGCUGUAUCUUGAUUCAUGAAGAAGUAGUUCGUAGGAAUCUGGAAAGUGAUGUUUUCAUUGGGACUGGACUUAUAGAUAUGUACAGUAAAAUGGGUGAUUUGGAGAGCGCAAGGAUGGUGUUUGAUCAAAUGCCUGACAAGGAUGUUGUAGCUUGGAAUGCAAUGAUUUCUGGGCUUGCACAGAGUGCAGAGCCGAUUAAGGCUGUUGACCUUUUCAAGGACAUGCAAUUUAUUUUUAGGAUUAAUCCUAAUUCAGUGACAUUAUUAAAUUUGCUUCCUGCAGUUUGUAAAUUAAUGGAUAUGCGGGCAUGUAGGGGUAUACAUGCUUAUGUAUAUAGGAGAGCAUUUCCAGUUUCGGUUCGUAAUGCUUUGAUCGAUACAUACUCAAAAUGCAAUCAUCCGAAUGUUGCUCACCGAAUUUUUCUUGAGUUAACGGGGAAAGAUGAUAUUUCAUGGGGUACAAUGAUGGCAGGUUUUGCAUAUAAUGGGAACUUUCAUGAGGUUUUGGAAAUGUUUGAUUCAAUAAAGACAACGAGCUUGAAGAUCAGCAAAGUAUCAGCUGUAACUGCAUUGCUUGCGACCGGUGAAAUUGGCGAUUUAGGGAGAGGGAAAGAAAUUCAUGAAUAUGCAAUUCAAGAAAUGAUUGAUUCCGACAUUAUGGUUGCUACUUCAUUGAUGACAAUGUAUGCAAAGUGUGGAUUGCUAGACAAGGCUAGAGAUCUGUUUUGGGGAAUUAACGGAAGAGAUUUGGUUGCUUGGUCCGCAGCAAUAGCUGCUUUCUCACAAUCAGGAUAUCCUCAAGAGGCACUCUCUCUGUUUCGAGAUAUGCAGAAUGAGUAUUCACAGCCAAAUAAUGUUACUCUGGUGAGUGUUAUCCCAGCCUGUGCAGAGCUAAGGGCAGUGAGAUUAGGAAAGAGUAUCCACUGCCAUGCCAUCAAAGCCAGUAUCGAUUCUGAUAUUUCAACGGGAACUGCCUUGGUUUCCAUGUAUGCUAAGUGCAACCUAUUUAAUUUUGCACUUAAUUUGUUCAAUAAGAUGCCACUGGUUGAGGUAGUAACAUGGAAUGCUCUGAUAAAUGGGUAUGCCCAGAUUGGCGACUGUUAUAAUGCAUUAGAGAUGUUUUCUCGAUUAAGGUUAACUGGAUUACACCCAGACCCCGGGACAAUGGUUGGUGCGCUUCCAGCUUGUGCCCUUCUAGGUGAUGUACGCUUGGGAGGAUGCCUUCAUUGUCAAAUUAUCAGAUACGGGUUUGAGUCAGACUGUCAUGUGAAGAAUGCUCUAAUUGACUUGUAUGCCAAAUGUGGAAGUUUGACUUUGGCUGAAUUCCUGUUCAACAAAAAUGAUUUCGCUAAGGAUGAGGUGUCCUGGAACACAAUGAUAGCAGGAUACAUGCACAAUGGACUUGCCAAGAUAGCCCUUGCCGCAUUCCAUUCCAUGAAGUUCGAAUCAUUUCGGCCCAAUGUGGUCACAAUUGUGAGCAUCCUGCCUGCGGUGUCACAUUUGACAUGUUUGAGAGAGGGCAUGACUAUACAUUCCUACAUAAUUAAGAGUGGCUUUCAGUCUCAUAAGCUUGUAGGGAACAGUCUUAUCGAUAUGUAUGCCAAAUGUGGUCAACUUGACCUUUCGGAGCAUAUAUUUGAGGAGAUGAAGAGCACUGACACUGUUUCUUGGAAUGCUUUACUUACAGCAUAUUCUAUGCAUGGGGAAGGUGAUCGUGCUCUUUCUGUUUUCUCUCUAAUGGAAAAUAGGGACAUUGAAGUUGAUGCUAUAUCCUUCCUUAGUGUCUUGUCUGCCUGCAGACAUGCAGGCUUGGUUGAAGAAGGAAGGAAAAUAUUUCACCACAUGCGUGACAAAUACCACAUCGAGCCAGAUGUGGAACACUAUGCCUGUAUGGUAGACUUGUUAGGCCGUGCUGGCUUGUUUUAUGAAAUUAUGGAUCUACUUAAGACAAUGCCUAUGGAGCCAGAUGGUGGAGUUUGGGGAGCCUUGUUGGAUGCAUCUAGAAUGCAUUCUAAUAUCGAGUUAGCAGAGGUUGCUUUGAAGCAUCUUGUCAAGCUUGAGCAAGGAAACCCAGCUCAUUAUGUGGUAUUAUCAAGCUUGUAUUCUCAGUCUGGUAGGUGGAAUGAUGCAGGUCAUACUAGAGUAAAGAUGAAUGAAACUGGAUUGAGAAAGACUCCAGGCUGUAGCUGGGUUGAGGUGAAGAAGGGGAUAUGAAUUUUGUGUAGGUGCAAUAGAGAGAGCCAUUGGUGUUUCUCUUUGGUGAACUAGUCUAAGGGUGGCAAUCCAACUGCUGAAAAAUCUCCAUAAUUUUGCUGGGUACUUAGUGCCACACAUCUUCAAGGUUGAUCUCCAAUAUCAGCAAAUUUAGCCAGCUUCAAGCUCCACCUAUAAAUUCUAAGAUCUACAACUGAUAUUCAAGGCCCCAUGAUGUUGGCGGGAAAUAGAACAUGCUUCACAAAAUUCAUGUUCUUAGAUGAAAAUGUAAACGGUGAAACAUGUCUUACAUCUCUUCCUGAAGGAGGGGCUGGAGCAACAACUGAUAUUUAAUCUUAUAUCGGACCUUAAGGUUCCAGUGUCGGAAGGGAUCAACAUGUGGUUUGCUCACUGAAAUAUGACCAGAACAACAACAACAACAACAAAAAACCCAGUGUAAUCCCACAUAGUGGGGUCUGUGAGGGUAGUGUGUACGCGGACCUUAUUCCUAUCUCGUGGAGAUAGAGAGGCUGUUUCAACUGAAACAUGACCAGAAGCAAGACGAAAUAUUUAAAUGGUGUUCAGGUACUUAUAUCUGUUAGCAGGAUGAACACUUGGGCAGAAAUAGUUAACAGCAAGCUUAUUGGAAUGCUAACAAACAUAUUUUAUGAAAUUCCUGAGUUGUCUAAUAAAGCUCUUUCAGCUACCCCUGUAUUUCUUAUUCAUCAGGUUGAUCUGAUUAAAGGAAUUGAAUUCAUUUUUGUAGAGAUACUGUCCUAACCAUGGUUACAAUUCAUGCAAGGUUCUAUGGACGAUGGAGGUAUAGUUGUACCGAGAGUCCAUCAUAUGGGAAUAACUUUUCCUUUGCAUUUUGUACCUAUUGUAUGGAGGUAAAGUUGUAUUGGAAGUCCAUCAUAUGGGAUUAACUUUUGCUUGGCAUUUUGUGCCUAUUGUAUAAAAUUCGUGUAUUUGUUUUUGGUACAAGCCAGAUUUAUAGGUCAAACCUAUCUAUACAAGCUAUCUUCAUAUCUGCCAGGUAGGUUAAAAAUGCUUUCCAUUUAUGUGCUAUAAGUUGUUGGCAGCUUUAUUUAAGAUGUGCAGAAUCUCUGAAGAGAUCAUCUGUGAGUAGCUGGAAUAGUCUAAAGUUGGGGUUGGGGGGAGUUGUAUUUCUAGGCAAAUUUGGAGCAGAAUAUUGAUUUUUACCCAGUGCAGAGUCUGUGAACAGAUUCCAUUGUCUCGUGAGCUGUUAGCAAAAAAUACUUUGGUUUACCUGAGUUGGUGUUUGGUUACUGGGCUAUUGAACAUGAUGUUAGUGUUAGGAAGUCUUAUGUAUUCAAAUGUUAGAGUCUUAUGUAUUCAAAUGUUAGGGAGUCUUAUUUAUACAAAUGUUAGGGAGUCUUAUUUAUUCAAAUGUUAGGGAGUCUUAUGUUGACGCUAAUUUGCUUUUCCAGUUGGGAAUGUUGUAUUCCUUUUGGUUGGUUGAUGUUUCUGCUGAUAAAUUUACAGUAUCAGAUCUACUUGCAAUCUCAUUUUUGAUUGUUUGUAUGUCGUACAAAGAGAUAGGUUUUGCUUAAAGGUGAUUUUAUUUGACCAUUACAGUUGGUGCUUUCAAACUCAAGGGAAGAAAGAAGAAAUCUGUACCUGGUGCUUUCCGAUUAUGUGUUGCAUCGCAUCAAAUAAGUGAGUCUUGGAUAGCUAGUGGACCUUCAGACUACAGUGAUGAUGAGGUCCAACCUGUCGCUAUGCUGUUUAUGCUCGCAGAUACGCCUGAAGCUUUGCAUAUAUCUGUAAAUCUUGGAUGGAAGGGAUCUAGGAGCUUCUGCAACGCCCAAUAUAUGUAAUAAUAGAUAAAGACUCUAUAUUACAAGAAAAGAGUUACAUGGUAGCUAAUUAAGUUCGACGUUUUGAAAA